AUGGAAGAUCUUAGGGAACUGAUCUUUAACUGGACACUAAAGCCCAAUGAAUUUGACAUCUAUCUCAAUAACCUCAAGGAAUCAGAGUAUAGCGAGAGUGGCGCGAGGAUUCUUCGCGCCUUCAUGGAAGAGCCAGUUUUCAAGACGUUUACUGGUAUAAAACCCGCGGCAGAAAUGCAGAACGUUGUGUUAACAGGAAAGCAAGAUUUGCUUUUGAAAAAGUCGUGUAAGUUAAUACAAAAGACAAAAUUGGGUUUGCAUCAAAUAGAGAGAAAUGUACCCGUUUAUCUUCAAGGAAUCUUAUUGAGAUAUUUAAUUGAAUAUGCGCCGUCUUCCGAUCCUAGCCAAGAUCCUAUAAUCAGAACAUACAGAUGGUCGAUUCGAUCUGUUUACAAAGAUGCACCAACAUUUAACAAGUUUAUCGACUCGUCUUCCGUCCACACUCGCCUUGAGGAACUUUAUGGUAAACUUACUCGAGAAAGCGAGAGCAUUUCGCAAGAAAACCGGAUUUUAUCAGUCCAGUUGGCUUUUGAAUUGGGACGGUUCUAUUUUGCCAAAGGAGAUUUUAAUAAGGCUGCGUUUUACUUGGAAAAUUCUGUCGCAGCCAUGGAGAGCCUAGAUGACAGUGAAGACUAUAAUAAUCUCUGUGAAAUAAACAAAGAGAGAUUAAUUGGUUUUGCACAAGCGGCGACGGCCAUGUCGGGUCCUCAAUUUCAUGAAACAUCUCCAAUCAAGCGCGUUGAUAGGCUUCGUGCCGAAAAAAAUUACGAGGAAAUCAUUCCAUUACUACUAAAUAAAGGGACAAAAUCGCUGUUAUCCCGUAGUUUUCGUAGAUCUUUAGUAGACGAAGCAGUCAAUUGUGGGCAGCUCGGGACGGCAGUCAAACUCGCUGUGUGUAAUGCUCUGAACGUAGCUGAUAUUUCUGCAGAUAAUAUGGUUAUGGAAAUACCGGUUCGCUGUUUAGGAUACAUUCGAACCUCGCCACAGGAUUCAGCUGUUGAGAAAGUGCUUGUUGAAGUGUUUCAGUAUUGCAUUUCCGAGAUGGAAGAAUGCGACAAAAUGCAAGAAGACCCCGGUUCGGAUACUGCUAUUGCCGAGCAGAGGCUGACAAAUCUGGAAGAGUUUGUUAGGAAAUUUUGCGUGAAAGCUAACUCACCAAAGGCAUGGAAGACAGCUGCUGCUACAGGUCUCGACUUUCUAAGCCCUCCGCAAGAUUACAUUACCCGCCUAAGCAACGUUCAUUUCAAUGGACGCGAGGACGUUAUGGACGAAGAUGACUCUUGGGAACCCAAACCGAUUCAAAAGCCCGAUGUAUCCAAUACAAGAGACAAGACUAGAAAAGCAAUAAGGUCCUUUUUAGAAGAGAUGGCUCAGGCUACUUCCAAUUUCACUCAGUUUUCGAAAACAUCUGGAAACGGAAAGACCGAAGACAUACUUGUGUCUUAUCAAUCAUCAGUAAAGCAAGCGGUCAAGUAUUGCAUAAAAUUAAAAGAAUACAUGGCAGCAGCAGUUCUGUUGCAGUUUAUCCCGGCUGAUACAAAUCUAGAGUCAGAGUACGUGGAUGCUCUUCGUUACAUUAAGCAAGCAGCCGAAAAUGAGGCAUUCGCUCAAUCCACUUUCUUAAACUUGGUGUGGAGCACACCAAUGUUAGAGGCCAUAGUGUGUAUGGCAAAAGCCAGGGGACAUCCCGAGGUUGCUGACCAAGUCAUCAAGCACAUGAAUGAACCAUGGACAUUCACGGGUAAAGAUUAUGAUCCGAACUACAGAAAAUUACAUAUCGAGAAGACCAAGCAACGAUGUUUUCUGGAGUUAUGUAAAAUCUUUGUUGAUGAUUGA